AUGUCCUUGGUUGGAUUGGCGUUAUCCGUUUAUGCCUUGCAUGUUGAGACAACAAAGGAAAGUAACAAAAACUACAAGGCGUUUUGUGAUUUUGGUGCAUCCAUCAGUUGUUCCAAAGUUUUCACCUCUAAAUACGGCAAAGGAUUCGGUUUAAUCGCUCCUAUUUUUGGUCAGCAUAGCUCCUUAAAUCAGCCUAAUAGCAUUUAUGGAAUAAUUUUCUAUUGCAUACAAAUAUGUCUUGCCUUUCAUCAUACUUUAAAGAUUACAAGAAUCGUUCUAGCAAUGUCAUUGCUAUCGUGUAUUGGAUCCUUUUAUCUAGCGUUUGUUUUAACAUUUGUUCUACACGAUUUUUGUCUGGUGUGUGUUUCAACAUAUAUUGUCAAUGCGGUAGUAUCCUUUUUAAAUUUUAAACGCAUG